GGGGGCUAUUCCUUUCCUUCCUGUGCCCACAUCACGCAGGAAAGCAGCCUCUCUUGUUGUGUAAAAAGGCAAAGAGAUGAGAAGCUUCCUGAUCUUUUCACUUCUGUUCCUUUCCUGCCUUGCUCUUAGUCCUGAGAUUCCAAAGAACAGGAAGAAGAAAAGGCCACAACUGCUGCCAGUCCGAAGGACCAGUCAUUCCCGCUCCGAAACAAAGUUCCUGCUCUACUCAAAUACCAUUGAAGAAGGCUGCCUGAUCGAAUUUAACCAGUUCGAUACUCUUGAAAAAUGCCGUUUCAAUGCCUCUCUUCCUUUGGUGAUGAUAGUCCACGGAUGGUCGGUGGAUGGAAGGCUAGAAGGCUGGAUUUGGAAGCUGGCCGAAGCCCUGAAAUCCCAGCUGACACAAACAAACGUGAUCAUCACUGAUUGGCUGGCCCUUGCGCAUGCGCACUACCCCAUUGCAGUGCAGAACACCCGAGAUGUUGGCCAAGAAAUCGCUCGAUUCCUGGAAUGGCUGGAGGAAUCUGUCCAGUUCUCCAGAGGCAAUGCUCACCUGAUUGGGUACAGCCUUGGCGCUCACGUCUCUGGCUUUGCUGGCAGCUACAUUAGGGGUGCAAGGAAGAUUGGCAGAAUUACAGGGCUUGACCCGGCUGGCCCUCUCUUUGAAGGCAUGUCCCCAACAGACCGCUUAUCACCAGAUGAUGCAGACUUUGUCGAUGCCAUCCACACCUUCACCCAGCAGCAAAUGGGCCUCAGCGUUGGCAUCAAGCAGCCUGUUGCUCACUUUGACUUCUACCCCAAUGGAGGGACUUUUCAGCCUGGAUGCCACAUCAUGCAUGUCUAUAAUCACAUAGUGCAGUAUGGAAUUACAGGUCUGGCUCAGACCGUGAAGUGUGCGCACGAAAGGUCCGUCCACCUCUUCAUCGACUCCCUGUGGCACAACAACCAGCACAUCAAGGGCUACUGGUGCAAAGACAUGCAGACCUUUGACAAGGGCCGGUGCCUCAGCUGCAGGGCAAAGAGGUGCAACAUCCUGGGCUACCAUAUUCGGAAGGAGAGGGUCCCUGGCAGCCGGCGGCUGUUCCUGAAGACGCGAGCCCAGAUGCCUUUCAAAGUUCAUCACUAUCAGUUCAAGUUCCGUUUCAUCAACGAAUUCAAAGAGAGGCAAAUAGAUCCAACAUUCACAAUUUCACUGACAGGCAGCAAAGACAACGUUGAAAACCUCUCCAUCACUUUAGUCGAAGGCAUUACAGGGAAUAAAACAUACACUUUUCUUGUCCCUCUGGAAAUUGAUAUUGGUGAGCUGAUGAUGAUCAAGUUGAAGUGGGAAGGGAUUGCAAUUUGGGAAAACAUCUGGAACACUGUUCAAACAAUCAUCCCAUGGGGAAAGGGCGACCGCCGACUGGGACUCAUCAUGGAGACGAUACGAGUCAAGGCAGGCGAAACUCAACAGAAAAUGACAUUCUGUUCUCAAAGCCUUGACGAUUUACACCUCUAUCCAGGCCAGGAGAAAAUGUUUGUAAGAUGUGAAGUAAGCUCCCAGAGGCUCAGGUGAAGAUACAAAUAAGCAAGAACCCGGAAAAACUGGCACUGCUCUUCAAUCACUUUUAAGCUGUACCUUUUCUUUGGGUUUUUCUUUCUUAACAUCUAUAAUUUUAAUGUAUAUAUCAUGGCUGGGCGGGCUGGGGUGGGGUCAUAGAAAACCCUGCUGGAUCCCAAAGUUCAAUUGUUUACAUUUAUCCCAAAUGUUGACUAAAGUGUGAAAACAGCUAAAUCAGCUGUUAAGUAGGCCAGAAUAUGCAUAUUUUAUAGAUGGUUAGACAGCAUGGAUUUUUCAUUAUCAACUCACUCAAUAAAGGGACAUACCAUUUUACACAAAAAGUUUUCUGGUCCAAUCUGGUUAGGAAAUUUAAACAGCACGUCAAGAUCUCAAAAUGAGCAAGAAUCGCUUGAGGUUUAUAGACUCAUUAAAAUUAAACCUUAAUGUGCGUCCCUAUUUUAAAAAGUCUGGGCAUUUUUAUGUUUUGAGUCAACAGCUUAGGUUAUGGACUUAGUUCAACAUUUGCCAGCCCAGUGCCCUCCUGUGCUGGCUGGGGCUGGUGGGAUUUGGAAUUCAAAACAUCUGGAGGGGGCCAGGUUGGUGAAAGCUGAUUGAGUUCAUAAUGCUACACCUGAAGAUGACCAUGUCAUGACAGUAUACAGUCCAGGGGGACAUUUGUGUCCUGUGCAAACUUCAUUGAAAUGCUGGGGCACUAUACAAAAGCAUUACAGUGGUAUCUCGUGUUACGUACCGCCGCUCUUACGAAUGCUUCAGGUUAUGCGCUCCGCUAACCCGGAAGUAGAUGCCCCUUGUUGCAAACUUUGCCCCGGGAUGCAAGCGGAAGUCGCGCUCAGGCAGCGCAGCAGCAGCGGGAGGCGCCAUUAGCGAAAGCGUGCCUCAUGUUACAAGUGGUUUCUGGUUACGAACGGACCUCCGGAACGGAUUAAGUUCAUAACCAGAGGUACCACCGUACUGUAGAGAAGACUUACAUAGCUGGUGAUUUUGAAAGUACACUUGUAUAACCCCUUCUGCACUCAUAUAACACCCAUUCAACAAUUAUUAUUAUUUAUUGAAUUUAUAUACCGCCCUAUACCCGUAGGUCUCAAUGAAAUGGUAGAAGGCACCUUCGGAAUUUGGAUUCCCUUUGCUAUAUCUAGGAGGGCUGGUCCAAGACUGUUCAGUGCUUCUAGCGAAGGGCAUUAUCUGACUGGAUUGGUAGCUGAAUCUUCUACCAACACUGGCGUUGGAGAGCAUCUUCCACUCCACCCAAGGGCAGCAAGCAGGCCACAUGCCAUGCACACACACCCCUUCCUCUCCAUCUUGCUGCUGCUUCCUGCCUCCUGCCAAAUGGGUCAAGCCCAGCUAGACAGCUCUGCAGGGAAAAUACUGCCCAUUUGCUUCCCUUAAAAGGGAAAGCCAGUCCUGUUAGCCAUACAAGCAUUAGUAAAAUUAAGGCUUAUGGCUCAAGCUUAACAUUGGUGUGAAAGUGAAGUCUUGAUUUUGUGCCCAUAAUGUGUUUUGGGAUUAUAGCCUAUAAUUCUAACACACUUUAUGAGCACAAGAUCAAGGUUAAAUUUCAUACCAGCUAAAUUAAAAGCAAGCAUUCAUUGGAAUCACAUGUUUGGGUGCAUGUUUAGUAUGGCAUGAACAUAUAUUCCCACUGUGACCAGCAUCUGCAGUA